GCAACCAUGAUGUCAUUAUAAUCAUGCAGUAGGUGUGAAUCCUACAUCUGUCUGUGGCAAGCACGGGUACGGACAUCUUCCUGUUGAGUAGUUGUCCCCACAAACCCGUGUAUUGACAGCCUCGUGUAUGGGACCAACUGACAGAUGUGCUCACAAGCCCGUGUGUUCCGAUUUGUCAUCAGCCGAGCUUGUACUUCCUUCCCUUGACGUCAUCUACAUCAACAGCAUUUAUCACCACAAAGUAUCACUACCAGACCUGACAUGGGAUUACUUGGGAUUAUCCAGGGUAUCUGCCUCGCCAUGCUUCUCUCUGAAACAUCCGGCGCAAUGCCAGUGGGCGCAGACAUAGCCAAAACGGCUGAGAAGAUGUAUGACGAGAAACCGUAUAGAGGUCCGACUGGUGACCUGACCAUGAGGCCUGUGAAGGACCUGACAACAUGUCUGCGGGGCGUGUUCACCUCAGCGGGGCUCAAGCAGGAGGUGACACCCAGGCCACUGACCACUAACCUCCCAACCAUAACGCCUUCACGGUGUGUUUACGGCGACGGGAAUGGAAACGUUAUCGUUAAAACAAAGGCACAACGACAACGACGGUCGCAACAGCUCAAGAACGAAAUUAAAAAAUUUCAUAACUGCAUCUGUCGCACGCCUCCUCAUGAUCGCCACGACCACUGCGACUUCAACAUGCUGGAGACAGACUACAAUGCGACUGUCCUAGAGGGUUGUCUGAAAAACAAGAACACGUCGGAGAAGGCCAGACUCACUUACAGAUCGGAAGAGUUUCACUGUCACUUGAGAAAUGAUUUCACCAUCAGAUGUCAUCCCAAACAAGGCUUUUUGGAGGAUAAAGACACAACGUUCCUGUCAAUAUUGGUGUGUUUAUCAAGCGCUUUAGAGAGUAUUGAAUGCGACAGGUCCGGCCGGACAAUCUACAGACACGGUUUGACCACCACCCUCAGCCCAAACGUGUCCACCGCGAUGUCGUUAAAACUCAAACUGGUGUUUCUCUCCAUGACUGUGGUGCUGGGUCUACUGCUAGGCAUUCUCGGCACUGUCUGUUGCGUCUUCUGCUGGAGACAGAGGAAAAAGAGAAGUGUUCCUACUACGUCGAUAGUGAAAAGGACAGGUCCACGUGUUCCGCAGAACACUUAUGAACACAGACCCCAAGACAACACCAUAUAUGAAGAACUGCCCGAUACGGAGGUGCCGGAUCUGCUGCAGCAGGGACCCAGGUCUGUCAUCCGCUCCACGGAGGACGUGUCCGAUUCUGUGUGCGUCCACUCUAAUCUACAGAGCGUCACCUACAAGCCCGGAGGUCAAGGCUACUACGAGGCUCUCGCUCGACGCACGGAUGAGAAAGAACUUGGUUCACCUGGAACAUCCAAGCCAGUGCCCGCUCCAAGAACAACUAUUCAGCCUCCGAGACGGCUUUCGUCAGGGCACAACGACUACCUUGAUUUGGAGGAGGGUUCCAAGCAGACUGAUGGAACACAACCCAAUGUCAGCAAUCCAUAUUUUGUCCUGGAAUCCAGUGCCGAUACAAGCCCCACGUCACCAGAACCAUCAGGACAUACAGAUGGGGGACAUACAACGUGGGAGGACGAGAACACCCAGACCAGUUCAACGACUGGACGAAGAGAUGAAGAAGAUGAUGAAUGUUGCAGCAAAUCGUCCUCUCUGGGGGGCAGUGACGUUCAUGAUUAUCAGAAGCUCCAGAGACCGACCCUAACCUCAGAGAGUCGACAAGGGGAUGGCUAUGAGUGUCCCUUAUCACCAGACUCGGGAUUCGACUUGGCCACCACCUACCAUCAAAGCGAGGAAGACAGACAGACUACCUGUUCGCCAGACUAUCUGAGAUUAACAGGACCUGCCGUUCAGCAGCUACCCCUAGACUCAGUGGAACCAGAGACUAAACAUGACUACUUCGUGCUGGAGAACGAGGGCAAGACAUAACAGCCAAGCACCGUGCAUACACUAGAAUCUGGACAUAGCGUGAAUGUCAUAUUCAUGGAACUUCUAGGCACACCUGCCACGGGUGUACAGCCUCUGAUCUGUCACAUACAGUUUAGACCCUCAGUCCGGACCUUCAACCCAUAUUCCGGAAGCCCCGCCUACCAGACGAUUACGACUGUAAAGACGAUAUUAUAUAUUAAGUGAGUGAGGUUUUACUCCGCUUUUAGCAAUAUUCCAGCAAUAUCACGUCUGGGCUUUGCACAUUGUACAUAUGUGGGAAAUCGAACCCACAAGCGGCGUGACAAGUGAACGCUUUUAUCACUAGACUACCCCACCGCCCCUAUAUUAAGAGAUAGUAAUCAGUACCAAAACUCCCAAUUACAUUAAUCCGAACACGGAUGCACGUGUACCUGGAGCCAAAACCUAUCGCAUACAGUUAAAACUCUUUAGUCCAGACCCUGUAAAACCGAACCCACGCGAUUACGGCUGGAAAUACUUUAUUGUCGAUUAAGAGAUUUUAUUCCGUAACCUAAUCCCCAAGUAUAUUAAUCCCGUCGACAGUGUACAAGCGACGUACGGAUUAAUAGCAUCUCACCGUGCAGGGUCGUGGGUUUCUGAUCAGUUGAUUGUCUGUGAUUGUCUGUGAUUGUCUGUGAUUGUCUUAUGAUUCGUGACAGGUUACUAUUGUUUCCUCUGUGGAAACCACCGAGUUGCUUCAUAUCAAUAUACGUAUGUAUUUGUUUUCACACGUUCCUACACCAGUAUUUUGUGUAGAUCUAUUUGAUUGCAGAACCUAGUUGAAUAUUUUCUGUAUGUAUAUACGGAGUAGUACGUGCCCUUUAGCCAAGCAUGUAUAACUUCAUAUCUUCACCAUCACUUCAUGCGUAAGAUAUAAUAGAUACAGUUCAUAAUACAUUAUCUGUCACAAUUGUAAUAUACAUAUGUCCGUGACUAAGUGUCGACUGUGUGUAAUGCAUGUGUGUAUGUUUGUCUACGCGCGCACGUGUCUGUGCCUGCCUGCGUGCGUGUACGUGUAUGUUGAUGAUUCUGUCUUUGGCGGAUGGAUGAAUGGAUGAGUGAGUGAGUGGGUGGGUGGACAGAGAGACAGACAGACAGACAGACAGACAGAC